AUGGCACGACAUGAGCCACCGUCCCCCCAGAAUGCCUGGAAAUCGAAUACAGGGGCCCGACUUGGCACUGAAAUUGACAAUUCGACACCACGGCGACCCACUAAACCGGGUCCCUCCCUGACGUGGGUCGCCCCAGGCAAGGGGCACCACUCCAACUCCGACCACGCUGCAACGUCGACAGUCAACGAUUCCAUCCCGCAAUCCUCUCCUCCUUCAGCAAGACAGCAGCAGCACAAACAUGCGCCGUCCGCCUCCACCAUGGCUGCCGAAACCGAGGUGCAGGAAUACGACGAUUUUGGACUACCGAUAAGGAAGUUUGUGCCUCCUCCGCAACCACCACCACAACCCGAGACCGACUCGCCCGGCGCAGGCGAGCAGGCCGUCGACAAUGAUUCCGCCACCGCCUCCAAGAGGAAGUGGAGCUUGAGCAUGCGAAGAGGACAGUCGACCGCGAGCCAGACAGGCUCCAGAUCCUCGAGCAUCGUCUCGCAAAAUCCCAGCAAGAACGACGUCGAGUCCGGAAGCGAACAGAGUUUCAAAGAUGCACCGUCCAACCCCGUCACCAGAGCACCCACCCGUGAGCGUCCUGGUGAUGUUGGUGUCGAGGACGAGCCCCUGACCCCCGUACCGCCGAAUAUUGUCACAGAUACGACAGCAUCGAAAGAAAAGGCCGUGGAGCCUCCCGAGAAAACACCGACGCCGCGAGACACUGCUCCUUUGUCCUCAGAAAAAGCAGGCCAGGCGACUGAGAAGAAGACGCGAAUGCCAGCGGCCAAAAAAAGUGAUCAAAGGGAGCAAGUGAAGCUCACAGAUGCCAAAGACAAGCCGCCACCUGCCACGGCCCCGGCUGCGGGCCAUAGUCGGGAGCUGAGUGUUGCCAGCGUCACGAGCGUCACUAGCAACGCCACCGAGUCUGCCCAGGUGUCUGAGUUUUCACACCAGGCUCUCACCGCCAAGAAGGAGGAGGAGGAGGAAGACAAUGACGGCGGGUGGCAGACCAUGCCGUCCUUUGCAGCUUACGACAUGUAUGAUGACGACGACAGGCUGGUCGCCAAGGAGUUCAAGGAAGAAGACGACGACCAAAAGUAUGGUUACGGCGGGCUCGGUGGUGCAGGCAAGGGGUACACCAGGGUGCUAGUGGACGAUGAUGCCGACUCGGUCACGAGCAUGGAUGAUAAUACGCAAUAUUUAUUUAGCAAAGCGCAGGGGACGAGCCUGACGGAGGAAGAGGAGGCGCGCGAUGCGGUGUCGCAGAUGCAAGCCACCAAAGACCUGCUUACCGAAGGUCAGCGUAUAGCCUAUGUCGGUAUCACCCGUCUGGAAAUCUUUGGCAUGGUCAAAGAAUUUGAACAAAUGGAACAAACCAAAAAGUCAAAGAAGGAGAUACGGUUUGCGUCCGAGGCCACAAAAAUGUGGGCGCAAAAGAUGAUGAUCCGGCUUUACGCCCACAUGGAAGUCAGCGCCGAGGAGCAGGUCAUGAUAGAACAGCUGACAGACCAUGGUGUGCGCACCGAGGAUCUGACGCCUGCGCUUAUGGCAAAUGCCAGAGUCAAGAACCCCAUGGCAGAAGAUGCGCAAGAAGGGGAGGCUGAAAAGGGAGACGCGUCCAGCUCUGGUUCGACACCAUUGCCAAAAUCCCCAGCCACCACGACAAAUUUGACUGCUACAUCCGACGGGUACAAAAAGCACGACAAUAGUGACUCGGAGGAUGAUGAAGAAUGUGCUGCUCCUCCACCGCCAUACCAGGCUCACGCAAUGGACGAGAUGGACAACGUUCAGACGCCAAACCAGAUGACCAAGUCUGCGCAGAUAGACAUUGACCUGCGGUGGACCGUUCUCUGUGACUUGUUCCUCGUCCUGAUAGCUGAUUCGGUCUACGAUUCGAGGUCGAGGUGUCUGUUGGAAAGGGUAGGCAAAAGCCUGGAAAUCACGUGGCUGGAGAUUUGCAGGUUCGAGAAGAAGGUCACAGAUGCUCUCGAGAUGCAGCAGCAGGCAGAGAAAGAGAACUGGAAUGAGGAAGAGCACAUGGACUCGCGGCGCAAGAUGGCGCUCAAGAGGAGGUACGUCAUGAUGGGACUGGCGACGGUCGGCGGCGGUCUCGUCAUCGGUCUCUCGGCCGGUUUGUUGGCGCCCCUGAUCGGCAGCGGCCUGGUGGCUGGUUUCGCUGCGAUAGGAGUGGGAGCGUCGUCGACUACGUUCCUGGCCGGCGCCAGCGGUACGGCCAUCAUUGCGUCCAGCGCUGCCGCAUCUGGCAGUAUCAUUGGUGUGCGAGCAGCCAACCGCCGUACCGGAUCCGUCCGCACUUUUGAGUAUCGACCACUUCACAACAACAAGAGAGUAAACUUGAUCAUCACAGUGUCGGGUUGGAUGACAGGCAAAGUGGAUGAUGUCCGAUUGCCCUUCAGUACAGUCGACCCUACCAUGGGUGAUAUCUACUCGAUUUUGUGGGAGCCCGAGAUGCUACGGAGUAUGGGAGACACCAUCAACAUUUUGGCCACCGAGGCCCUUACACAAGGAUUGCAGCAGGUUUUGGCCAGUACCUUCUUGACAUCUUUGAUGGCCGCUCUCACUCUACCGGUCGUUCUCACUAAAUUAUCCUAUCUGAUCGACAACCCUUGGGCCGUCUCUCAAGACCGAGCCUGGGCUGCCGGCUUGAUCCUUGCUGACUCACUGAUCGAUCGCAACCUCGGUACCCGACCUGUCACACUGGUUGGGUACUCGUUGGGUGCCCGUGUCAUUUUUUCCUGCCUGCUUGAGCUGGCACGCAAGGGAGCUCUUGGCCUAGUACAAAACGUCUAUUUGUUCGGCGCCCCAGUUGUCGUCAAACAGGACGAGUGGCUCCGCAUCCGAACGGUGGUGUCUGGCCGCUUUGUCACCGGGUUCAGCAAAAGUGACUGGAUAUUGGGCUACCUUUUCCGCCUGACCAGCGGUGGCAUCCGACGGGUAGCUGGCUUGGCCCCGGUCGAGGGCAUACCUGGAGUCGAGAACAUGGACGUGUCCGAGUUUGUCCAGGGACACAUGGACUACCGUGCAAAGAUGCCACGGCUCCUGCGCGAGUGCGGUUGGAUUGUCGAGAGCGAUGAGUUUACCGAAAUCGAGGACCCUGAUCCGGAAAACCAUGCCGCACGCCAACGUGAGCUCAUCAACGAGAUUGAGGAAGCCAGGAAGGAGAUGGAAAAGGAAAACAAGGCCAACAAGGGCGGGUGGCUAUCUUUUGGUCGCAAAAGGAAGGCUCCCAAGAGGAAAGACUGGGAGAUCUACGAAGAUCAAGGCGACAAGAACGCCAAUGGAGGUGCGGCAGCGCCGUCUGGCAAGACCGAAGACAAAGAGGGCAACAAUCAUGGUGUCCUCUUCGAUGUGGAUGCCAUCCGCGCUGAGCUGGCCAAGGAGGCCUCGCGCGGCGGUGAAGCGGCCGAAGAGAUUUUGCAAGUACGAGAGCUGCCAUCCACGCUGCCGCCCAUGAAACUAAGCACGGCAAACUUGAUCCCGAGCCCCGGCUUUGCUCCGACGUCAGCCAUGUCAACAGCGUCAUCUUUUCCAAAGUCACCUCGGGAUAACCUGAGGUCGGCUCACAGCGCCGGGGCGACACCAACUUAUCGGACAUCCUACGAGUACAGGUUAUCCGAAGAGCGAUCGCCUUCUUCACUCAAGGCACCUGGGCAGCAAUAUCCGGCGACUGGUAAUGGCUACCGUGGAGCAAGCCCUAGUCACAAAACGUUUGAUUACGGUGGCUUUGGCGGCGGUGACGACAUGGAUGGCGGUAUUCAGAUGACUUUCGACACGUCCUUUGAUGACACGCCCCACCGGCACGAGGCUGCGCCGCCUCCUUUGUACCCGACUUCGAGCGCCGGUGUUACGACAGAGGCGUGGACGCUGAAGAAAGACGCGCCCAGUGCAGGUUAUUCAACGGCCAGCCCCUCAAUCACGACAAGCACAGCGGCGCCGGCGGGCGCAGGGCGACCGAUCAUAGCAACGUCACAGUCAACUCCUGCGGUGCCGCCGUCGAACCCAUGGGCCAACUAUGAUGAUGACGACGACCCAGAAUUCGGGAAGGAGAAGGAGAUAUCCAUGACUUUUGCAUAA